AUGUCUAGUCCACCUGCCCAUUUUGACACAGGGAGAGAGAAGACAGCAGAGGAGACCCAUGCAAAGAAAAUCGACAAGGACAGCUAUCAGUCCGAGCGCCUUUGUCCCCAGGAUGUCACUCCUCUCUAUCUAGAGAUCGUCACUGGGGAUGUUCGGACUGCUCCAGCUUCCCGUUGCAAUGACGACAAUGCCGGCCCUUACCUGCUGCCCUCGGGGGCGCCGGAGAGCAGCGGCCUGGGCAGAGACAGCCCCAGGGGGACAGUGGCGACCGCCCCCCCGCGUCCCACGCAGUGGGGGGAAGAGCUGGGCGAGCCCGAGCUGGAAGGGACAGCCCCCUCCGCGCACCGCGACGCCCCGGCCCUGUCGCCGCUGCUCCCAGAGGCCCCCACCCAGCACACCUCGUCCCCCAGGAAGAAGCCGCCUCCUCCCAAGCAGGUGAACUCGGCCAGGAAGCAGCUGAAGCCCAAAGCCACCUCCGCCGCCACCGCGGUCCAGUCGGCGGGGUCCCCGCCAGCGCCCUCGGGCCUGGGUCUCCUCCCCGCGGCCACAGGGAAGCCCCGCCCCCCGGGGGACCCGGACCCCGUGGUCGCCUCCCGGGAGGCAUCGGAGGUGCCCGUCUGGCCGGAGCAGAAGGAGGGCGCGGUCCCCACGACGCCCGCGCCCCUGCAGAUCCCCCCGUUCACCUCGCAGCCCUACGUGGCCCGGACCCUCCCCCAGGAGGCCCCCCCGGAGGACGCCAGCGCCAUGGCCCUGCCCGACAAAGGCGAGAACGAGCUGACCGGGUCCGCCUCGGAGGAGAGCCAGGAGACCACCACGUCCACCAUCGUCACCACCACGGUCAUCACCACCGAGCAGGCCCCAGCUCCCUGCAGUGUGAGCUUCUCCGACCCGGAGGGCUACAUCGACUCCAGCGACUACCCGCCGCUGCCCUUCAGCAGCUUCCUGGAGUGCACGUACAACGUGACGGUCUACACUGGCUACGGGGUGGAGCUCCAGGUGAAGAGCGUGAACCUGUCCGAGGGGGAACUGCUCUCCAUCCGCGGGGUGGACGGGCCCACCCUGACCGUCCUGGCCAACCAGACGCUCCUGGUGGAGGGACAGGUAAUCCGAAGCCCCACCAACACCAUCUCUGUCUACUUCCGGACCUUCCAGGAUGACGGCCUUGGGACCUUCCAGCUGCACUACCAGGCCUUCAUGCUGAGCUGCAACUUUCCCCGCCGGCCCAACUCCGGGGAUGUCACGGUGAUGGACCUGCACUCGGGCGGGGUGGCCCACUUCCACUGCCACCUGGGCUACGAGCUCCAGGGUGCCAAGACGCUGACGUGCAUCAACGCCUCCAAGCCCCACUGGAGCAGCCAGGAGCCCAUCUGCUCAGCCCCUUGUGGAGGGGCAGUGCACAAUGCCACCAUCGGCCGCGUCCUCUCCCCAAGUUACCCCGGAAAUUCCAGCGGGAGCCAGUUCUGCGUGUGGACGAUCGAGGCUCCGGAGGGCCAGAAGCUGCACUUGCACUUUGAGAGGCUGUCCCUGCACGAGAAGGACAGGAUGACGGUCCACAGCGGGCAGACCAACAGGUCGGCGCUUCUCUACGACUCGCUUCAGACCGAGAGUGUCCCCUUCGAGGGCCUCCUGAGUGACAACAACACCAUCCGCAUCGAGUUCACGUCCAGCCAGGCCCGGGCGGCCUCCACCUUCAACAUCCGAUUUGAGGCGUUUGAGAAAGGCCACUGCUACGAGCCCUAUAUUCAGAAUGGGAACUUCACCACAUCUGACCCAACCUACAACAUUGGGACCAUAGUGGAGUUCACCUGCGACCCUGGCCAGUCUCUGGAGCAGGGCCCGGCCAUCAUCGAGUGCAUCAACGUGCGGGACCCAUACUGGAAUGACACGGAGCCCCUGUGCAGAGCCAUGUGUGGCGGGGAGCUCUCCGCUGUAGCUGGGGUGGUGCUGUCCCCAAACUGGCCAGAGCCUUACGUGGAAGGUGAAGAUUGUAUCUGGAAGAUCCACGUGGGGGAAGAAAAACGGAUCUUCUUAGAUAUCCAGUUCUUGAACCUGAGCAACAGUGACAUCUUAACAAUCUAUGAUGGUGACGAGGUCAUGCCCCACAUCCUGGGGCAGUACCUCGGGAACAGUGGCCCCCAGAAGCUGUACUCCUCCACGCCGGACCUCACCAUCCAGUUCCACUCAGACCCUGCUGGCCUCAUCUUUGGAAAGGGCCAGGGAUUCAUCAUGAACUACAUAGAGGUGUCAAGGAACGACUCCUGCUCAGACUUGCCUGAGAUCCAGAACGGGUGGAAAACCACUUCUCACACGGAGCUCGUGAGAGGAGCCAGAAUCACCUACCAGUGUGACCCCGGCUAUGACAUCGUGGGGAGUGACACCCUCACCUGCCAGUGGGACCUCAGCUGGAGCAGCGACCCCCCGUUCUGUGAGAAAAUCAUGUACUGCACCGACCCCGGAGAGGUGGACCACUCGACACGCUUAAUUUCGGACCCUGUGCUGCUGGUGGGGACCACGAUCCAGUACACCUGCAACCCCGGCUUUGUGCUCGAAGGGAGCUCUCUGCUGACCUGCUACAGCCGCGAGACGGGGACUCCCAUCUGGACGUCCCGCCUGCCCCACUGUGUCUCGGAGGAGUCCCUGGCAUGUGACAAUCCAGGAUUGCCUGAAAACGGAUACCAAAUCCUGUACAAGCGACUCUACCUGCCAGGGGAGUCCCUCACCUUCAUGUGCUACGAAGGCUUCGAGCUCAUGGGUGAAGUGACGAUUCGCUGCAUCCUGGGACAGCCGUCCCACUGGAACGGUCCACUGCCCGUCUGUAAAGUUAAUCAAGACAGUUUCGAACACGCUUUAGAAGUAGCAGAAGCGGCAGCCGAGUCGUCUCUGGAAGGCGGGAACAUGGCCCUGGCUAUCUUCAUCCCGGUCCUCAUCAUCUCCUUACUGCUGGGAGGAGCCUACAUUUACAUCACAAGAUGUCGCUACUACUCCAGCCUCCGCCUGCCCCUGAUGUACUCCCACCCCUACAGCCAGAUCACUGUCGAAACGGAGUUUGACAACCCCAUCUAUGAGACAGGGGAAACCAGGGAGUACGAGGUUUCCAUCUAAAGGGAGCUGCAUUUGAGAAGGGAACUUACAGACAUGAACGCAACUACAACCUCCUCGAGACAUUCAUCCAGAGACCACGUGGCAUUUGACGGCAACCCCAGAGUGUCAACUGUCUUUUCUUUAGACUCUUUCUUGAGGAUUUACUGUUUUUCUUCACUGUAUUUAUUAUAUUUAAAAAAAAGCGAAACAGGUGUGGUUUGGAUGUAUUGCGGCCGUAGCCAAAUUCACGUUACAGCCUCGGUCCCGGAGGCGGGUGGAAGACUUGUAACACGGCAAAUGGCAGCUGCGGAAACAAAA